CCCAUAUCUAUAUUCAUAUUAUACUUUAUUUUAGAUGGGUCGUAUAAUGCCUUGAGCCAGCUCACACUAGACCCAUUUUCUUCUUUAAUUUAACUCGAACAUCCGAUUUGACGACUCUAGUAGAGACUAAAGACCACAGAGGAAACAUAUGAUCUACAAGCACGGGUUGAUAAUUGUUUGAGAUGGGGAUUGUGGUGGGAGCACGAGGUAAGGUUCUAAAAAGGAAGAAAGAAAGAAGUGGAUGAUGAUUGAUGAUGAGAUAAAACUCACAAAAGAAGAGCUAGUUUAUCCACAAGAAAAUUAAAUAAAAUUUAAAUAAUAAAAAAAAAAAAAAUCCCAUUUUCUUUCCUUUCAUUUUCUGUUACCCCAAAAAGAAAAAAUUAACACUGUUUGUAGUUUUGGAUAGACUACAUUACACUACACUCCAAUUUUCUCUCUCUUUCAUUCAUUCAUUCAUAAUCCCGCCGUAGUGGAAAUGAAGUGUCAUCUUCAACCUCACAGAAUCACAUAAUCUUGCUAAAAUCCAUCCUUUUUUCCUCACUUUUUAUCAUUAUUAUAAUUAAGAUUGAUGAUAAAAUCUUCCUUUAAUCAAAACCACCUACAUUCUACCCACUUAAAAAAACUCAUCUUUCAUUAAUGGCGGCGCUUGAUCAUUUGCAACUCUAAAAACCCAGAAUUUUUCUUGUAUUUCUUCAAUUUUAACCCCUUUUAACAAUUUUUGUUAUAUUCUUCUAAAUGGUUUUUUUUUUUUUUUUUUUUUUUUUUUUUUUUUUUUUUUGUUAAUGGAGUAGUACAAGAUUUGGUUGGCUAAUUAUAGCUUUUAAAUUGCUUGAACUCCUGAAAAUUUCUUGUGCCUUGGAAACAAGAGUAGCUGUUGACUAGGGAAAUUAAGCACAUUGUAGUGUAUUUAUGUGUCUGAACUGAAGAUUCAAUCAGUUUUGCUAUAAAGGUUGCUUCAUAGUUUCCAAGCCUUCUUAGAUCAAAGAGGUGAGGAGACUAAUUGGGUUGAAGGUAUAUAAUUUGUGAAGUUGAUUGGAAGCUAAGGGUGUUCUCAAUUGGGGUUGUGCAAGUAUCUUUGAAUUGCUGUGAUUCUGUGAACUAAAUGCAUGGAGAGGGAACCUAUGCCAAUGUCAGGACCUGGUGGCUUUUAUAUGCAGAGAGGAUUGGCCGGGUUACAUGGGCCGCAAGGUGUCCAUUCAUUGCCUAAUUCCGGGAUGCCUUUCCAAUCAAAUGUCGGGGGCUCUUCAGGACCGAGUAUGAGGGUGGAACCCUCUUCAACUGUUCUAUCAGAUGGCCGUGGUAUAGGUGCACCAUCAUCAAUGCAGGCUUCUGCUACACCAAUGCGAAGGAAAAGAGGAAGGCCUCGGAAAUAUGGAAUUGAAGGGAAAAUGUCAUCAGACCUCUCCUCUGUAUCAGCUGCCCCUAGGAUUAUGAACACCUCAACUGAGAAGAGAGGUAGAGGCCGGCCUCCUGGUAGCGGAAGAAAGCAACCAUUGGCUCCCUUUGGCAAACUUGUGUCUGGCUCAGCUGGUGUGGGCUUUACUCCUCAUGUUAUUAAAGUUGCAGCAGGGGAAGACAUUGCAUCAAAACUCUUGGCAUUUGCACAACAAGGGCCUAGAGCUGUAUGUAUAUUGUCAGCAAAUGGUGCUGUCUCCACAGUGACCCUACGACAGCCCUCAACUUCUGGUGGUACCGUCACAUAUGAGGGGCGCUUUGACAUAUUAUGCAUGUCAGGAUCUUUCUUGCUUCUUGGUAAUGAUGGUUCUCGUGAUCGAAGUGGUGGUGUGAGCAUUUCACUUGCAAGCCCUGAUGGCCGUGUCAUUGGUGGAGCCAUUGGCGGAAUGCUUAUUGCAGCCUGCCCUGUUCAGUUGGGAGCUUUUUAUGGACAUCUCCGAAGACAAAUCCAAAGAUCAAAGAAGGAAAUGAAGGUGGUGAAGAUUCGGAGCAUUAUUCUGUUGACAACACGAUGAUGGCUCCUCCAAGUGGUCGACAGAGCCAAAAUUUAUCGUCUCCAACCUCUGCGAUGGGUGCAUGGGCUAGUCCACAAACGCUGGACUUGAGAAAUUCUCAUAUGGACAUUGAUCUGAUGCGUGGAUGAAAGGGAUAAUUACCUCUGUAAAUAUCUUCUCUCUUUUGAAGAUACACUAAUUAAUGUCUAAUCUAACUAUUGUAUAUCAGCAGCUCAACCCAAAGAAAGGAGUAGGGCUCAUUUUAGGCUUGAUACUCCCUUAUUUUGACAUGGAAAUCAUGUUUAUGUCAUUCUUACUAGGCACUGAAUACUUUUUUUUUGUUUUUUUGAAACCAGGCACUGAAUACUUCGUAUAUGUUAGGUUUGCUUAACAAAAUUUUCUUUCAUCUGCCAAGUACCUGCCUUGGAUAAUGAAUAUUC